CCUUACCAUUGUCAACGCCCUUUACCGCUGCAUCUGCAUAGGAGCAUCCCUGGUGUUGUCUGAGUCAUUUGAUUCGAAAGUCGUUGUAUAUCUUUCUCCAGCUUACGCCCCUUGUUGGUCUCAACCGCAGAUAUAACACCGCUUAACCUUUUCCCCUUUGUUUGAUUCAGUUCCUACUUCUCUCCCCGUGGCAUCCGACCCUUCUAGGAACCUGUCAUGAAGUCUUUUCGGCAAUUGGCUCGCAGUAGAGCGUUAACUGGCCUUGUUGCACCCCGUACAUCGUCAUGCCAGACUAUUGCGGCUUCCCGGCUAUGGAGGAGAAGCUUCAGUGCCACUCCUGCUGCAGCUUCAAAAUUGGCGGAACUAGAUCCCUCGAAGCUAACAGUUACGAAGACUGCGGCCCCAAAGGAACUUUUACCACCUCAAGAGCUUAUCUUUGGAAAGAACUUCACCGAUCACAUGCUCUCUAUCGAAUGGACAGCCGAAGAUGGAUGGGGUACUCCUCAGAUCAUUCCGUAUCAAACCCUCAAUCUGGAUCCCGCCACCUGUGUUUUUCACUACGCGUUUGAAUGUUUCGAGGGAAUGAAGGCUUAUAAGGAUGACAAGGGUAAGAUCCGGCUAUUCCGGCCGGACAAGAACAUGGAGCGUUUGAAUAAGUCGACCUCGAGCAUUGCUCUGCCCACGGUGGAUGGAGAAGCCUUGACUAAGCUGAUUGGGGAGCUUGUGAAGUUGGACAGUAAAUUCAUUCCCAACGCACGGGGAUACUCAUUAUAUCUUCGACCGACCGUGAUCGGUACUCAAAAGACACUAGGUGUCGGGCCUCCACGCUCUGCACUUCUUUUUGUCAUUGCUAGCCCCGUCGGUCCGUACUACGCGACUGGCUUCAAGGCUGUUUCAUUGGAGGCCACCAACUAUGCAGUUCGAGCUUGGCCUGGUGGUGUUGGUGACAAGAAACUGGGUGCAAACUACGCUCCAUGUGUUGUUCCCCAAUUGAAAGCUGCAUCUCGGGGAUUCCAGCAGAACUUAUGGUUGUUCGGAAAAGAAGACUACAUCACAGAGGUUGGCACAAUGAACCUCUUUGUUGCUCUGAAAGAUAAGGAGACUGGUCAGAAGGAGCUGGUGACUGCUCCCUUGGAUGGAACAAUUCUGGAGGGUGUCACAAGAGACUCAGUCUUAGGGCUAGCAAGAGAGAGAUUGGUACCAGAGGGAUGGAAGGUCUCCGAACGAAAGAUCACGAUGCCGGCAGUCGCGGAAGCAGCUGAGGAGGGGAGGUUGAUUGAGGUGUUUGGAACUGGAACGGCAGCAGUUGUCAGUCCUGUCCGAAGUAUCAGCUAUAAGGGCAAGUUGGUGAAUUGCGGAUUGAAGGAUAAUGAAGAGGCUGGAGAAAUUGCUCUGAAGAUGAAGAACUGGAUCGAAGGAAUCCAGUACGGUGAUGAGGAUCAUCCAUGGGGUUACAAAUUAUAGAUGAAAACGACAUCUUACAUAAAUAAAGUCCUUGCUUCCCGUUUCUCCCUUUUUGCCUGCUUUUUUGAUUCUGCCCUUU